UGGGGACUUAGGCCGGCGGGGGGAGGAGCUGCCAGCUAUCCCUGGAGCGGUGCUGGGCUUUGACGUCAUUCUUGGCAGUGUCUGUCUGCACAUGGCUGGGCGAAUGAUCUGAGCGGUGUGUGCCUGGGCGGAGGAAGCAGCUGCCUGUGUUGUUGUUGUUGUUGUUGGGUUGGUGUGUGAGAAAGGGGGCAAGAGCAGAAGAGGCUGGGGUAGCUCUGGCCAGGCCUGCUCGAACGAGCUGUAACUUCUCCCCCCCUGCCCCCGGCUCCAGCGACACUGAGGAUUUCUAUGUCAGAGUAGCAGCCGUGUCAGUCUGUAUCCGCAAAAAGAAAAGGAGGACUUGUGGCACCUUAGAGACGAACAACUCUAUUUGAGCAUAAGCUUUCGUGAGCUACAGCUUCUAGAGAUUUUUAGUCUUCUUUUAUUUGAAAAGCGACAGAGAAAAUGUCUCGACCUCUCCCUUUGAACCCAACUUUCCUACCUCCGACUUAUGGGGUGCUGAAAUCCCUGCUGGAGAACCCGCUCAAGCUGCCGCUGAAUCACGAAGACGCAUUUGGUAAAGAAAAAGACAAAGAAAAGAAGCUAGAUGAUGACAGCACCAGCGCUUCAGUCCCGCAAUCAGCUUUCUUGGGGCCAACGUUAUGGGACAAGACCCUGCCAUAUGAUGGAGACACUUUCCAGUUGGAAUACAUGGACCUGGAAGAAUUCCUCUCGGAAAAUGGAAUUCCACCCAGCCCAGCCCAACAUGACCACAGUCCACACCAGCCAAAUCUCCAGCAAGCUACCUCAGCAGCACCCUCUGUCAUGGACCUCAGCAGCAGGGCAUCUACAUCAGUCCAUCCGGGCAUGGUGUCUCAAAAUUGCAUGCAGAGCCCAGUCAGACCAGGUCAGAUCUUGCCAACAAAUCGUAACACUCCAAGUCCCAUUGACCCUGAGACAAUCCAAGUUCCCGUGGGUUAUGAACCUGACCCUGCAGAUCUUGCUCUCUCCAGCAUUCCUGGCCAGGAGAUGUUCGACCCUCGUAAACGCAAGUUCUCUGAGGAAGAGCUCAAACCACAGCCGAUGAUUAAGAAAGCCCGUAAAGUCUUCAUUCCGGAAGAUCUGAAGCAGGAUGACAAAUACUGGGCAAGACGUAGAAAGAACAAUAUGGCUGCCAAGCGAUCGAGAGACGCCCGGAGGCUGAAGGAAAACCAGAUUGCCAUCCGCGCCUCUUUCCUGGAGAAAGAGAACUCAGCCCUCCGCCAAGAGGUGGCUGACUUACGGAAAGAGCUGGGCAAAUGCAAGAACGUCCUGGCGAAGUAUGAAGCUCGGCACGGGCCCCUGUAAAUGGCUAUCCCCCGCCCCCUUCUUUCUUGUUGUGGGUUGGCAUUUUAAUAGCUGGACAAUGUGUUUCCUUUUUGAUAGUACCACACCCAAACCAACCUGUCUGUCAUCAGCACUUUACCAGAAGCAGAAACAAAACUGACUUACAUUAUUUUUCAUUUGUGUAUGCGUGUGUGUGCACAUCUCAGCACUUCCCUUUUUAAUGAAACCCUCUUCAAAGGGUGACACAUUUUUACCUGGACUAUUAAGAACUGCCAUAGUAAGCUUUUACGUUUUAUUUUUUUUGUCAAUGCUGCUUCUGAUUAGGAUUUUUAUGUUGUUCUAAACAGUUUCAUCCUCACCAUUUACUUGCAAAGAUCCCAGUAAAAAUAAACCAUAACAAUAAAAAAGGUAGAUCUCAGUUUUCAAGAGUAACAAGCUAUUGUUUAAUUUUGUCUAAUCUGAAAAGUUAACAUGCUAAUGAAGUGCACAAACAAUAAUUCAGUACAACACUACAGAAAUAUUAAUUUAUAGAUUGCUUUUGUUGUAUUUUAAGUUUUGGUGAUCGCUGUCUUCAGAUUUAAAGUGCUGUUAGACUGAGUUAGCUCUGCUCGGUAUAGAUCCCAGUAUGACUUACCUAUAUCUACUAAGUUUCCUUUUAUUUCCACAAACGCCAGAUAGAUAGGAGUACUAUUAAUAGAAUACAGAGUGUGUAUUUUGCACUGUCUGUACCUAAAUCAAUAAUCCUAUUGUACACUAGCGCAUGCUGCCUGGGUGUUCCUAGUGGACGUAGGAUGACUUCCCUACCUAAUAAUGUCUCAUAAAUAAAAGACCUAUUGAUAUAAGCAUGCUGAAAGCAUCCCUGGAACAGAAUGUGUGUAUGAAAGAGAGAGGACAAUUAGUUGAUACAAGAACAAAAUUUAAAAGUAUCAGAUUUGAUGUUGAAAUUAGAGGAGUUUUUGUUUUAGUUUUCAUUUAAUUUUGCAUUGCUCGGCGUCCCAUUUUGUGAUUUAAUUAACUAUUCAUUUUUCCACUUUUUGUAAUAUAUUUUCUGAGGAUUAUAUCUUGCUGUUUUCAAAUAAUUUUUAUUCAGUUACAAGAGUCACUGUUUUGCAAAUCCCACUUUUCCUAGUGAUGUUAUUUUGAGCAUGUCUUGAACUGAUCUGAACUUUAUUCUGUUUUCUCUCUAUCUGCUUUUGAACAUAUGUUCUGUUCAAAGUGGACUUCUGAAAACAAAUGUAAGAAACACUGGUGAAUUUCAGAAGGCAAUGGUGUUGUCAUAUACUGUGGUUAAUCCAAUCAAUUUAUAUGUUUACUAUAGACCAAAAGAAUAGAUAUUAUAAAAUGUAUAAAGUUUAUACAGAAUAAUUAUAGUAUGGGGUGUUUUGUACAGUAUUUUUCAAAUACAAAUACUGACAGUGUAUUUUGAAAGACAUAUUAUAUAUAGCAAAGAAAAAGAAAAAGUUAUUCCAUGUUUAAAAUAUAUAGCAAAGAUAUAUAUUCACCAAUAUUGUACAGAGAGGAAGUGCUUUAGGUUUUUUGAGAUCUUUAAUAUUUUAAACCUACCGCUGACACAUCAACAUGUGUUGUGCUUUAAAUUAAAAUUUUCUGAAGGUAAUGUGGCUUGACAGGGUGCUUCAUAUUACUAAAAUAUUAAGAGGCUUUAUAAUUUUCCAUCAGAAACAUAUAAAGAAUCUGUUUGACACAGACAAAGCACAACAUGGAGUUUAGUCAAAUAUGUAUUAGACAAUGCAAUAUUUUGUAGAGGCAGAAAAAUAAUGUAGACUACAAAAAAAAUCUCACGCUCAUUUCAAAUCCGCUGCUGCUAGAAUUUGUUUCCAUCUGAAAUUCUUAAUAAAUAGCCUUGGCCAUUUAUACACGUAUAUGUAUUGCAUACAUUUAUUUACAUGUGAGUAAAAUACGGUGUUCCAUAUCUGGCUCUCACAGUUUUCUAAGGUUUUGUCACUUUUUUUUGUUUGUUUUUUUUUAAAUAAAAAGGUUAUUCAUUCCAGUAAAUCAUAUUUUUGCUUAAGGAAGUUGUUACAAAGGACUAAACAUUUAUUCUACAUCAAACACAUCUUUUCAUCAAUGAGAUUUUUCCAUUUUUUUCCCCUCAAAAUCCACAGGGUCCCUUAAUACUCAGUUUUCAGAGUAAUAGCCGUGUUAGUCUGUAUUCGCAAAAAGAAAAGGAGUACUUGUGGCACCUUAGAGACUCACCAAUUUAUCUGAGCAUGAGCUUUCGUGAGCUACAGCUCACUUCAUCGGAUGCAUACUGUGGAAGCUGCAGAAGACAUUAUACACACACAGAGACCUCUGUGUGUAUAUAAUGUCUUCUGCAGCUUCCACAGUAUGCAUCCGAUGAAGUGAGCUGUAGCUCACGAAAGCUCAUGCUCAGAUAAAUUGGUGAGUCUCUAAGGUGCCACAAGUACUCCUUUUCUUUUUGUUAAUACUCAGUAGUUUCCUGUGAAUCAUUAAUUCUGUGGAUUGCAUGUCUGUGAGCUUCAGGAAGGGUCAGAGCAUAGAAAGUCAAUUAUUGGCCAGUCUAAACCAGAUGGGCUGUGAGGAAUAUGUAUUUGGCCUGAAAGUGUUGGAUACAAGUUAAUAUAGCCACUGACCAGAAAACAAACUGAUUUAAAAAAAAAAAAAAAAGUUUUUUUUUGGUAGUGGCAGGGUUCCAGAAGAUGCCAGUAACGUGGGCACACAGCAGCAAAGUGGCAAAUUUGCAACACUGCUGGCGUGCCAUCUUUUGUGACAUAGUGCAACUGAAGUCUGAAAGAACAGAAAUGGUGGUUGUGAAAUCAGCUAGGAAUUAUUGGUAGUUUGCAUUGUUGUCACAAUCGUUCAUCCAAACAUACACAGGCAGCUGAGAAAAUUUAUAAAUGACCACUUUUGUCAUUUUUUUAGUGGGGCAAAGGGGUGGGUAGACAUACUUGUUUUUGUAGGGUGGCUGUCUCAGACUUAUUUAUUGGGGGUGGGUUGGGGAGGAGGAACAAGGUAGGCUCUCCACCGUGUGCCAGCAGAGGUUUCUCGCAGCUACCUCAUCCACCAUCACAAACAUUUCUGAGUCAGUUCAGGUGCCUUAUAUCUAUAGGUCAUGCAUACUGUUUUCAUGGUAUGAACAUUUGACAAAUGCAUCCUGCACAACAAAACGAAACCAUGUUUGACUUGGAGAGACUCAGAAUAAUCAGGAAGGGCUGUGGAAGUCCAGUAGCUAAUAAUAAUAAUAAAGUAACGCCCAGGAGCGCUGCUAUCUAGAGUUGUGUCAACAUUUCCAUAAAAACCACCAUUGACACCAUCAUUUUUAGGGGUUUAUAACUAGGGCAUUUAGGCUAGGAUUGUCUGAGGCACCUAAAGGCGUCAGGGACUCCACUCUUACAGCGGGAUUUGGGUACCUCACUGUUUAAGAAAAAAAAACCAUCUGGGAUAAACCUUGAAAUAUAAAUUCUCAGCCUAGGACACUUUCCCAAAAGAAUAACAAUUUUUAAAACAUUUUUUUUACCUUGUAUUCAGCUUAUAAGGGCACUGUAUCAGGGAUACUCAAGAUUCUGAUGAGCCUUAUUGUCUCUAAAGGAGUUCUUAGGUCUGUCAAAUUAUAUGGCAUUUAAAAAGGAUCUGACAAUGUAUUUGCACGAUAAUCCACUGAAAUCUAAUAAGUAAACAAUAAGCAUUGGCGAAAUGUUUGCAUUAUGCUAGCCCUUAAAUCAAUUAUUUCAACUUUUUUUAAAAAAAAACCCACUGUUUAAAAAAUAAAUCAUUUUCGAUUUCAAUUCUAGUCAUAUAGGUUUUAUUGCCUUAGGAAUUAGGGGGGGUCUUCUGAUGCUGUUGGCACUAAAAUAACCAGCAUCAUGGAAUGAAAGUGCUGACUUAAAUCCACAAAAGCAAGGAAUUCAGAGCUAAAGGAAAACAUUCACAUUUCACACUUAACUCAUUCUGCUGUGCCUAUCUAUUGCAGUGUCAAUAUGCUACAUAACAUCACAGGCACUGAAUCGAAGACUCUGCAAAAUGGGAUGAGGAUUGAAUUAUCAUCUUGCCUUUGUGGGUUUGUCAGUCAUUAAUGUCACUCUAAAAAUGAUUUCUGUGUGUGGUUUAUUGGCGAGAGAAGUGUGGUUUAUUUUUUGUUUUUUAAAACUUGGAAAAAAAUAUUUAAAAAUUACAAGUGAUCAACCAUUGUAUUUUGGGCAACACCACAAGACAGCAUCUGUUUAAAUACAAGUUUAACAUAUAAGAUCAAAUUAAAUGUAUGUCAUGCAUUGGAUUGCAUCCUGUAUGCUGUUCAGCCCAAAUUUUUUUGUCUGUUGUUCUUAAUGUUUAAUAAACUUUUAAAUUUU